ACAGGAGCACUCUAUCGCCGAAACUGCCUUGAGUUGGAAUCGAAGCUUGCGUAGGGGGGAGAAAAAAAACCACUGAGAAACGCUGUGUAGUUUUGCAAACAAAAUCGGACAUGAGUUUGUGAUCGCCAAGCACAUUGUCCCGUUCGACCGAGCGAAUGGCAAACAAAAAGAAGAAAUACAACGCCAGGUUUCCGCCCGCAAGGAUCAAGAAGAUAAUGCAGAAGGAUGAAGAAGUCGGCAAAGUCGCCGCGCCGGUACCUGUCAUAAUAUCACGAGCCCUCGAACUUUUCGUUGAAUCCCUCGUUCGGAGGGCGAGCGACGUCACCUGUUCGAGGAACGCCAAGACCCUCACUACUUCACACCUGAAAGCCUGCAUCCUGGCGGACGAGCGCCUGCUCUUCCUCAAGGAGUUGGUCCUGGCCGUUCCGGACGUGCAGGGCGACGAGGAGGCGUACGAGGGGCCGUCCCUCGUCGGGCGGCCGAAGCUCGUCGGCGUACGGAAGAGGAGCAAAAACGGGAACAGCGACGCCGCCGGGCCAAGCCAUUCGAUGGCAGAAGAGACGGACAGUGCGGAGGACGAAGAGGAUGGAUAUCUGGAUGACGAAACGGACGACGCGAGCAGUGAAAAUGCGACCGACGUGGCGCCUGCGAUGCCGGCUUACAAGAACCCCGCCGCCAUGGUUGCUUACCCUCACAUCACCCCGUUCGCACCCGUCGCACCCAAUGUGCUACAGCCGAGCCUCCUCCAGAAACACAACAUUGCACCGAGCCUCAUCGGCGCCGCCUCGAAAGGAGACGAAGACGACUACGAUUCUUGAGGACGUCUUCAGCUCGCUCUUUACCCCCGGCGUGAUAGAGUUUAAACAAACAGGAAUCCAGCCGACAUCAACUUUCUCUCCCCCCCCAACACUUGCCCCAUCCGCACGACCGAGAAACUUUCAGCGUACUACCGUACAUCCACAAGUGAGAGCGGAACCCGUUUCCAAUGUGUUCAUCAUUUCUUCCACGUCAUCGUCGUCACUUAAGUGUGUUUGUUGUCCCGUUCAACGACCUCCCAUUUUUGUUGCCUUUUUCACGAGCGGUGCAAAACUUUCCAUAGUGCUCGCAAUACUCUUUCUUUGAUGCUGGGCAAAAUUGGACUGGUUAUGCCACUUAAAAGUGAAAGUGGCAUGAUAUUUCAGCAACAUUUCUGGGCCAGCGGUCUCCCUUGAGUAAAUGGGCAGACUACGAAAGGUAACUUUCGCUUAUUCCCUUCUCUACAUUCGGAUCUAACGUUAGUUUAAAGUUGUUUUUCUUAUUCUUUUACCGUGUUUUUUUUUUCUAGUGCAGUGGCAUCUCCUAAGGGUUGGGUUUAAUAAUACCCCUGUCACGAGGGAAAAUGCAAUUUCCAGCAAAUGAGGUUUAUCUUAAUAUCUAUCUACUAAAAGUAGAUAGAGUAAUAUUUAUUGAAAAUGGCAUUUGCCACCGUAUCAGCGCGGGGUAACCCAUUCCCAGUUGCAGUCGGACCAACUGAAGUAAUCUCGACGGGCAGUGAAGAAAUGCAUGCAAAAUUGUAUUAACAACAAAUGCAAACAAAAUAUUAUUCUUAUAUGUUACUAGAUAUUUAUUUGUUUUUUUGGAAUUCAGUCGUUAAUUAGAAUUUCAAAUUAGAAUUUCAAAGAGAUACUUCUGCACCUUAGAGUAAUUAGAAAGAGCCAUUCUUGUUCUUCUCGGGUUCCCAUCCAAACUCGGUGCUCGACAUUCUGACGACAACCCUAAGGACAUGUGCAUUAUCCUUCGGAUUUGACUCCAACUGCUGUAAAACCCGAAGACAGCUUUUAGAAUGGAUGCCGGCCACAGUAAAAUAUGCAUACUAUUACGUUUCAAUGCUAUUGAAAAUGGUGUCAACCGAUAGACCACAUUUUCUUUUUUCAAUACAGUACCAAAGUAUUUCAUCCUAGUGAAUUACCGUAUCAUUAUGAAAUUUAAUGAUAUUAAAAGAUGGGGUGUGGCAUGGUCUUCAAGAAUAUCAUUCAUGAUGGAAAUGACAUUUGCUGGAAAUGACGUAAAUUUUCCUGUGUGACAGGGUUAAUAUAGUACGACACAGCUUCCCAAGCGGCCUGUGAUGUUUUCGUAAAAUCUAGGGGUGCCAUUGUUACAAAUUUUACGAAUUUGAAAGACUAGGGCUAUUCGAAUUUGUUAGGACUGAAAUAACUAGGGUUAUUUGAAUUGCUUAGGAGUCGAAUAACUAGGGUUAUUCUAACUAGGGUUAGGGGUCGAAUAGCGAGGGUUAUUGAACUCUUAACCACAAGGACUAUUCGAACCCUAACUGUAAGGCUCUUAAGUCCCGUGGUUCGAAUACCCCUUUGGCCGUUGGAACCAGGGUCUUUUCUGUGCUCCAGCCUGUCUGCUGGCCGUUUUCUAUCGGCCCCUCCUACUCUCCACAAACCUUGGUGUUCCAUCCAAUGGAAAGCUGCGGCAGACGGAAGAGACGGACUUUCCAGGAGGUUGUGUUGUACAUACGAGGAAGCCAAACUGUCGCCUUGGCAUCUCCAGUCAUUCACACGCUGCGAGGAUGUGUUGGAGUAGUAACUUAAGUUUCAUGAAGAGAAUGGUGGGUCGCUAAUAAAUUGUUUUUUUUUAAAAGGUUAA